AUGUCCACCAUUCAAGUCAAGGCUCCACAAAAAUACGCCGGGCUUCGUCAUCUCACCUACGACGACGUGCCAAAGGCGGCAUACACGCUUUCUGAAGCAUUUCGUGAGGACUCUCUCGCCAGAUUAUUGGUGUGCCAUUUCCCCACGAAAGAGGAACAAGUUCGCUGCGAAACUAUGUUGUACGAGGCGUAUUUGCGCCAGCACAUUGCCAAGGGAAUUGUGUUAGGAAUCAACGAAAGUGACCAUGAUUUCGAAACGGUUGCAAUUUGGUCGCAUCCUACUUCCGAAGAAGAAGGUUUGGAUUCUUUCUCGACAUUGAUGGAAGCCGGUUACGGUGAAGUGUGGGAAGCAUAUGGCGAAGAGGGACGCGAAAAAGUGUUUCGAGGAAUGUUGCCAUUGUUGCACAAUUCGUGUCACAGAAUCUUGUCCACUCCUCAGUUCAAAGAUAAAGGAGUAUUUACAUUGGUUUAUUUGGGAUCUCUUGAAAAAGCUCGCGGAAAGGGUAAUGUGCGUAAGAUGUUUGAUUUCAUGUUUGAAAACUAUAUCGAUAACCAACCCAACACCAUUUCGUACUUGGAGAGCUCGAGUCCUACAAAUAUCCCCAUUUAUAACCGAUUCGGGUUUCAGUUUGCCGAGGAAAUCAUGCUUGGUUCAAAACACGAGGGUGCCAUUGAAGGUAAAGAUUACGCCAUCAUGAGCGUUAUGAUUAGAGAUACUCGUGGGAAGGAAUGGCGAAAACUGGGAAACUUGCAAAAACUUUAG